GGGGGAUCCAAUCCGGUUUCAGCUCGUUUCUGUACGUAGGCCUACUGCUGGAACAUUUAUGUUUAGUUACAGUGUGUUCUGAAGGUACUGACUGAGUUACAUCGAACACUUUCAGAACCCUGCACUGAAUUUUCAGUAACUGAGAAGGCUAAUUUGUUAUCUAGACAAUACAAGUAAAGCAGCCAUGCCGAAAAGAAGCAAAGCAAGUAAUGACACUGAAGUCGAGCCAAAAAGGCGAUCCACGAGGUUGUCAUCAAAACCCACUACUCCGGCUAAACCAGAGCCUAAGACAAAGACACCAGUCAAGGCAGCAGCCAAACCCAAAAAAGUAAAGGAGGUAGUAGAGAAGGUCAAGCCUGAGGAAAAGAAAGAAGCUUCUGAGGAAAAAACAGCACCGGCAGAAAACGGAGAGACCAAAAAUGAGGAGGAGGCAGCAGAAGAGGCAGAUGCUGAUGCAGAUGAGCCUGAGAAAGAGGAGGAUGAGGCAGAAUAAUAAGCUUACACUUUUGCCAGUGCUCCCCGUACCUCCUUUCUUGUACAAUGCAGAGGAAUAUUUUUAUCAACUAUUUUCUUAAGAAAAGGCAGGUUGUGUAGUAGUAAGAUUGUAGAAACACUUAUUUCCCCCCUUUUUUUUACACCUCUGGAAGAAAAGUUAUGGUCAUUGUGUGUUUCCCUUUUCUUUUGUAGUCUGGGGCAGUUGUCAGAGGGAGGGGGGCAGGUUUGCAGCAAUGACAUGCAAUCAUCUCUAUAUCAGGAAUUUGUUAUUCAACUGGGAGAGCUUGUCUGACAAUAACAUUCCAUAGGCUUUAUGAGGGACAGUUUAUUUCACCUGUAUUGUAUGGGGAAGGGUUGGGGGGGGGGUUUAUACACAAUAAUACUUGUUUCGUUUUUGUUUAUAAUGGGUAGGAAUGUGGUGACUGUUUAAGCUGUGCUCUAUGAAUAUUAACUGUUUUAUGAAUCCACAGUUAUGAUUCAUCAUCAUCCUCCCUGGUACAUGUACUGGAUUUUUCAUCAGGCCUGUGCAUUAUGUUAAAUGUUGUUUGACUCUGUUCGGUGAUGGCAUUGCAAUAACAUUUGAUAUUGCUGCAGCUAAAUAAGGUUUUUUUUCAUAAUUUCUAUGCAGUAUGUAAUGGUACGUUGUGAGGAAUGGGGAUGGUUCAUGUGUUUUUAGCCAAGCUAGUAACAUGAAAUGCAUUACAGUGUUAAACAUACUGGUUGUUGCUUAUCCUUUUGGGGAUACUGAUAAACAUGACUGUAAUUUCACUUAAUCUUUCAAGUGAACAUAGCAGCUGUAGCAAGAUUUACAUGUGGUUUUAGGAUUUUAUGUACAGUGUUUCUCCUUUUUUUGUAGCUGUAUCUGUGUUAUGAUUGAUAUAAGCGUGUCAAUUGAAUUAAAUGGUUGUAAUUUCUGUUUUCUCUGUUCUCUUAUUGAUCACAAGUGAAAUAAAACCUGUAUACGUGUGA